ACAGUAUGAUAUUAAGGUAAACAAUAGAUUUGAGAGAUGCAACGUUGGCAGGAGUACAUCAGAGUGCGGUUCUAGGCUGGUGAUGAAAAUAUUAUUAGUUAUAGGCUCCAGCGGAAUGAGGAAUGCACCUAUUGCCUUGCUAAUACGGUGGGGGUGGGGGGAAAUACAGGCUGCUUGAUUUAUUCUGGUACAAUACUUGUUAGCGGUAACCAGGCUGAGGAUGAGCUGUUGUGUGAUUUCUGUGGUGUGCAGCUGACCAGAUUUUGCUUCAGAUUCUAAUAUCCGCAAUUCAGUUUCGCCUACCGCGAAGAGGAGGAGGAAGAAAAGGGCAAAAUUGAAAGUUUACUUAAACGGAAACUUAGCAAGGGAAAGCCUGGGCUGCCGGAACAAGUCGCUGCAGAUAGUAGGCACAUUUCCUCCGACCAUUUAAAGGCAGAGUUUGAACAGAUUUAAUGAGCUCGUUUCACGUGUUGUGUUAAUUGAGAAGUAAGUUCUUACCGGUACUGUCGUGCCGCUUAAUAAUAUAAUAACUUGACCUGCCUGCAUACCGUAGCAGCUCACAUUCACCUCUGCAUACGUUUCAGGAAAAUGAAACGCUGUUACACAAUAUAACGUUCUUUUUAGACCAUUCAACACAUCAGACUAACUAUGGAUUAAACAUGGUUUUAAAAUUUUACGGUAACUUCCUGAUGAUAUAUAUUUCUCGUUUUGGCAAUUUAGGUACCCAACGAGGGACCGCAGCAACAGUAGAGACGUACGUUAGGGUGCAUUAUCAGUCUCCAGAAUGGCGCCAGUGCCGAAGUACUGUCUGGGGCAACAUGAGGUCAGCCCAAGUUGAGCAGGGGUCAAUUUUAUAGCCUUGGAUCCGUGCAGGUUGAGCUCCAGCGGUAUCUGUACCGAUAACCCAGAAGGUUUAGACUGGAUCAGGCCUUGUAAAGACCGUGCAGAUUUUUAUCCCGGAUCACAAUGCACAGCUCAAGAUAUGGCACGGUGCAGGGUUGGCCAGAUCUUUUCUCGGGUGCGCGGCCUGCAACUUGAGCAAGGCCAGUGUUUUGCUGAAGUUGGAGCACCUCGGCGCUAAAACUGCGCGCACUUCCCCACCACGGAGAAGGAAGCGCCUGGGAUUAAAGACGGCGGCUCGAAGCGGUACCACGGGGAUCGUUGUCUUCGGGUGGGAGACCUUACGGACGACGGUGCAGAGCGCAGAGAACGGGAAGGGGUUCGUCUGCCGGGGAGAUGCUGAGGAUUCGCCACUGACGUGUCUCUCUGCCAAAAUUCGGGAGAUCAUCACCAGAAAUUUCAUGGAGGAGCAGGCAUCAGUUUAUCCCCUGGAGAUGUCGUCCGUGCUGCCUCUUCAAGAAGAGAACAGCAUCCUGCAGCAGGAGCUGUCGCGCAUUGAGGACCUACUAGCUCAGAGCCGAGCUGAGCGGGAUGAGCUGGCGAUUAAAUACAACGCCAUCAGUGAGCGGCUGGAGCAGGCCCUGAGGCUGGAGACCGGAGACAGGGAGCGCGAGUGCCUGGAGAGCAAAAGCCUGGCACAGCAGAACGUCGAGCUGCGUCGGCGGCUGGAGGAGGAGCAGGCUUCCUACAAGCGCAAGCUCCAGGCCUACCAGGAAGGCCAACAGCGACAGGCCCAACUCGUCCAGAAACUUCAGUCCAAGGUCCUUCAGUACAAGAAGAAAUGUGGCGACGUGGAGCAGCAGCUGCUUGAGAAGGCCACGGAACUGGAGCAGCAUCGCCUGUCGAGACGCCUGGAUGUGACUGAAAUACAGGUGACGCAGUCUGAGGAGGAGCAAAGCAACGAGCUGGAGAAUGCCCUGAUCCGGCUGGAAGAGGAGCAGCAGAGAGGGGCCAGCCUCGCCCACGUGAACUCCAUGCUCCGAGAGCAGUUGGACCAGGCCAACUCUGCCAACCUGGCCCUGAGUGAGGACAUUCGCAAGCUGACCUCUGACUGGACAAAGGCUCGGGAGGAGCUCGAGCAGAAGGAGGUGGAGUGGAGGCACGAGGAGGAGUCCUUCAAUAUGUACUUCAGUAAUGAACACACUCGCCUGCUGACACUCUGGAGACAAGUCGUGAGUUUCAGACGUCACUUCUGUGGGAUAAAAUCAGCCAGUGAACGGGACCUGUCCGAGCUGCGGAACGACCUGGCCAGAACAUCGCGCACGAUCCACGCCUCGUGCCUGAACCUGAGCGGCCACCUCCGGCAGUCGGAGAGCAGCACGGCCGCCGCGCUGGAGAAGCGUUCAGCCCAGCUGGAGCAGCUGGAGGAGCAGCUCCGCGACAAGGUGCGCGAGAUGAUGCGGCUGCAGGCCAAGUGCGACCAGGAGAAGGCCGAGCAGAACGCCAGGAUCACGGAGCUGAUGGUGACCGUCGAGCGACUGAGGACUCAGAACAGUGAGAAGGAGAAGACCAUCAAUGGCCUGAGCCAGACGGUGGAGAACCUGGAGUCAAGACGAGCCGAGGCACAAGACGUACAGGAUGGGACUCAGUUUGAGUCCGUGAAAGCAGAGGUGGAAUCUUUGCAUCAAAUACUGAGAGACAUUACCCAGGUCAUCAUUACUGAUGCCGACGGUGGGGCUCAGGCCGUGCCCGCUGAGCGGACCGGUGAGGUCGCCGAGACGGACUCCUCUCUGUACAGCCCCCUGGGGUUCUCGUCACGCCUGCGCACGCCGUCACCUCACCGGCGCCCCUCGCCCCGCCGCAGCCACUCGCCGGGACACCGCCUGUCACCCGCCAUCGCCGACUCCAUGUGCUCGGCCAUCCAGGGCGCGGUGCAGAAGAAGCAGCUCCAGAUACAGGAACUGCGUGCUAAGUAUGAAGCAGCCCAGGACUCGGUGGCCAGCCUGAAGAAGUACCUGGCCGACAGCGAGAAUGAGCGCCGGGCGCUGGAGCAGCAGAUCCUGAAGCUCAGGGAGGAGACCGAGGACUUGCUGAGGGCCAAGGAUGAUGCCAAGCGCGACGCCAAUCGUUUCCGCUCUUCUGCCGACCUGCUGGGAAGCGAGAAGUCGAACUUGGAGAAGACCCUUCAGUCUCUGCAACUGCAGACUGAGAUGGCGCAGCAGGAGAAUGAGAGGCUGCAGCUGGCCAACGGGGAACUGCAGCGGCAGCGAGACAACCUGGAGGACGAGAAGGAGGACAUUCUGAAGGACAAGGAGAGGGCGCAGAAGAAAGUUGACCGAGGCCACAAGUUGAUCGAGCAGCUGGAAGGGAAGAGCUCGAGUGUGAAAAAGGAGCUGGUGCAGGUUAAGGAGACAUUGAGGCAAGCUUCAUUGGACAGGGAGGUUCUGGAGAGCGAGAAGGCUGAAAUUAAAGAGGCACUGUCCAAGGUGCAGAGUGCCAACGCGGAGAUGGAGGUGGCCCUGAGCAAGCUGCGGACAGAGCAAGCCUCUCUGCGGGAUUCUCUGUCCAAGAUGAGUGCCUUCAAUGAGGGGCUGGCCCAGGACAAAGUGCAGCUGAACAAGAUCAUCCUGGUGCUGGAGGAUGAGAAGACGAUGCUGCUCGCUCAGAAGAAAGAAGUGGAACAGGAGAAGACCUCAAUCCGGGAUGAGCUGGUCCGCCUGGAGCAAGAGAAGCUGGACCUCCACAACGAGCGCCACAGCCUGGAGCAGACCCUGCAGAUGAUGGAGCAGAGCCGUGAGAACCUGGAGCAGGAUCUGAAGACCUGUCAGCAGGAGAAGGGAGAACUGCAGGAACAACUGGGACAGGUGACUCGACAGAGGAACAGCGCGAGCGAGGAGCUGGCGCAGGUGCGCCACGAGAUUGAGCGGCACAACGAGGCGCUGCUUCGCGCGGCCAGAGAGAAGGAGGAACUGACCAGGCUGAAGGCGAGCCUCGAGGUCCAGCUCACCGCGUCAGAGCGCGAGAACAGGGCGCUGGCAGAUGAAGGGGCAGGUGUCAGGACUGAGAAGGAGGCCCUGGAGACGACACUGUUCGACACCAGGCAAUGGCUGACCAUGCUGGAGACGCAAAAGGAACAGGCCGAAGGCGAGAAUCAGGCCCUACUCCUGGCCAAAGAGGCUCUGCAAGCUGAGAAUAACCGUAUACGGAAGGAAAUGGAGGUGGAGCUGACCAAGUGGGAACGGGACAAAGAACUCCUCGCUCAGAAACUCUCCCAAGCCGAGCGAGAAGCGCAGGCUGCCCUGAAAAACGAGCAGGCAGCCCACGAGGAAGAUGUGGAUCGUCUGCAGCGAGAGAAGGAAUCCUUGCGCUUGGGGCUGGAGGAGGAACGGGAGGAGCUGUUGCACCAGCUGAAGCAGGAGCGUGAGGAGCUGUGUGCUCGCUUUGAGGCCGAGCGAGAGGAACUCGGCGAGGAGAUCACCGCCCUGCAACAGGAGCGAGAUGAAGCUCUGUUGCUGGCUGAGAAUGAGAAGCAGCAGGCCUUAUCCUUGAAGGAGUCGGAGAAGGCCAUUCUCUCGGAGAAGCUCACCAGCGUCCAGCGGGAGCUUGCGAACGUUUCAGUGGACAUGGAGCAACUGAGGCGCGACGCUAACAACCGGCAUGAACAGGACCGAAACCAAAUUAAUAAUUUGACUUCGGAGUUGAAGAAUUUCCAUUCCCGGUUUGAGGAAACUGUCAGUAUCCAUGAGCAAGAGAUGAAGACCCAGAAUGAGCAGUUCAAGGACCUGAUGAGACAGCGUGAAGCUACACUCCGGGAGGUGGAAGAGUUAAAGAUGCAGCUUCAAGUGGCUGAAGAUGCCCGCGACAGCAUCCGGCGCGACCUGAUUGAAGCUCACCGUAGGAUCCGGGAACAGCAGGAGACUCAGGAGGUCCAGCGUAAAGAAAUCCUGGACCUGAAACGCUCGGUCACCGAUGAAGUGAAGGAGAAGGAAGCGUUGCAACAAUCAAACGAGGAGCUUAGGUUCAACAUCAAGAAAGCAGAGAGUGAAAGAAUCAGUCUGAAACGAGCCAACGAGGAGAAGGAGCAGAAGAUCUCUGUUCUGGAAGAGGCAAAGGCAAACUUUGAGAAGGAAUCAGCAGAUCUCCGGGCGAGUCUCCGCGAAGUUGAGAAAUCACGCCUGGAAGCACGCCGAGAGCUUCAGGACUUGCAUCGACAGGUAAAGACACUGGACACUGAAAAGAUGAAGAAGACCAAGGAGAUUGUGGAUCUCCAGACCCGCGUGACUCUGAACGAGCAGCGAGAAGAAGAAUACCGGCGUGAGUCGUUUGAACUGAAACACAAAAUUCUGCAAACCGAAGCCAGCAGGGAAUCCACUCGGAAAGAGCUGGCCAACCUUCAGCGGAGGCUGACGGAAGCAGAGCACGAGUUCCGCAUCCGAGAGAAGGACCUGGCGGGAAGUCUGGAGGAAGCCCAGGGGAACGGGAAGAAGCUGCUGGACAACACACGCAACCUGGAGCUGAAGCUGGAGAAAGCCCAGGUGGAAGUUCACGAGCUCUGCCUGAAACUGAGCGCUGCGGAGGGACGGGUGAACGGGCUGGAGGGCGAGCUGGCGCGGGUGGAGGGGCAGAAGCGGGACCUGGAGUUCAAGCUGAGCUGCCUGUACUCCGCCCUCCGCCGCACACUGGGAAUCAGCCGGUCUGGACGGUCACGGAGUCCGGCAAACCGUGGGCAAAGUGCCUCGCCCCACAGACGGCACUCUCCAACUAAAGGCUUCGACAACACCUUCACCACCACGACAGACGGCCAGGGCAGCCCUAUCCCUCGGACCGGGACACCUGAGCGUAGCACCACCUCCCGCCCCGCGUCACCCAGUCACUCGCAGUCCCCCUCCUGCGGUGAGCAGUGCGGGGCAGAUAUUGACCCGGAGGUGGUCCGAGCAGGCCUGCGAGAUUUCCUUCAGGAGCUGAGGGACGCACAGAGGGACCGGGACGAAGCCCGUAUUCUUGUGUCCAACCUGAGCAGACAGCUGAAAGAGCUGGAGUCCGAUCGGGACAAUGCCAGCAGCCGCCUGCAACAGCUGCAGAAGUCACUGGCUGAGUGCGAGGAAGGUAAGAAGGGCGUUGACGGCCGACUGAGCAGCGCGCAGACCGCGCUGAUGCUGCAGGAAGAGACGAUCCGCCGCAGCGAGCGAGAGCGCAAAGUCCUGCUCGAUAAGAUCGCUACGCUGGAGAGAGCGGUCCAGACAGCCGACGCCGACAGGAGGACCACACAGGACAAGAUCAGCAAAAUGAAAGCCAACGAGGCCAAGCUGGAGAACGACAAGCGUAAGCUGAAGGAGGUCUUGGACGCCUCCGAGAGCCACUCCACGAAGCUGGAGCUGGCUCGCCGCUCGCUGGAGGGGGAGCUGCAGCGGACGAGGCUGGCAAUGAGUGACCGCCAGGCCGAGGUCCAGCUGCUGCAGGAGCGCGUGGAGAGCCUGCAGCGGCAGUUGGCCGGCAGCCACUCCAAGAGCAACAGCCUGCAGCUGACGGUCGACCGGCUGAACGCCUCGCUGGCCAAGUCGGAGGAGGGGGAGAGCCAACUGAAAGACAAGGUGCAGAGCCUGUCCCUGACGCUGUCCGACAAGACGGCCGGUACCUCGGCCCUCCAGGAGAAGGUCCAGCAGCUGCAGAAGGCCCUGAGCAGCAGUGAGCAUGACCGUCGCAUCCUCCAGGAGCGUCUGGAGGCGGCGCGUCAGGCGGUCAUCGAGACGAAGAAGCAGAACUCGUCGCUGUCUGACAGGGUGCAGGGCCUGCAGAACGAGCUGCAGGACAUGGAGCUGCAGCGGGCAGAGCUUGAAAGGCAGCUACGCAAACAGCAGGAGGUCCUGCACCAGCACCAGGAAAGCGACGAGAUGGCGCUGCAGAGUGUGCAGAAGCUCCAGGAGGAGAAGCACCUUUACCAGGAGCGCCUGGGGGUCCUGCAGCGAGCCGUGGCCCAGCUGGAGAACGAGAAGCGGGAGCUGGAGCGGUCAUCCGUCCGACUGGAGAAGGAUAAAGCGGCCCUGAAGAAGACAUUGGACAAGGUUGAGCGCGAGCGGCUGCGGUCGGAGGAAGAUACCCUGCGUGUGUCCGCGGAGAAGGGUCGCCUGGACCACUCCCUCGCAACGGUAGAGCAAGAGCUCGUGGAAGCCCAAAGACAGACCCAGCAGCUUCAGGCUCAGCUUUCAGACGUAGAACAGAGCCACUCCCAAAGCCUAAUUGAAGCGGCUGCCCGCCACCGGCAGGAGCUCCUGAAGGAGACGGAACGGUUGCGUGCCGCUCAGCUACAGACGGAGAGGACCCUGGAAGCACGGGAGCGGGCUCAUCGACAGCGCGUGAAGGGACUCGAGGAACAGGUACUAACACUGAAGGAACAGCUACAGCAGGAACUCCGACGGCACCAACCUCAGUAUUCCCACUCCAUCACCUCUGGAAAUUGACUCCAUUCCAGACUGUUUACAACAGCGAUAUAGCAGGCUGCCAGCCUGCAUUCUCUUACACCAGACCCCCAUUGAUAGCAGAGUCAAGAAGACUUCCCCACCUACCCAACAUCUGGAUCAAAUCAUCAUUCACACGCUCCAUUGUCUUGUGUUUGUAUUACAAAGACCACUCAGAGGGGUUUUGCCAAGGCCUCAGGGAAAUGCGCAGGUUUCUGCCCAUUUUGGUAGCUGAAAUGACGGUUCCGACUUUGAAAGGGCUUCCGGGUGUGGGAGGAUUAGACUUGCUGAUCAGUGACGGUUGGGAUUCCUGCACUGCUGUCUGCCGAUUAAAUCCCGCUGUUUCUUGAGCUUGUAUCCAAAUGGAGUCGACCCCUGAGCAAACAAGAGAAAACCUGCAGGCGCUGGAAAUCCAGAGCAACACACACAAAAUGCUGGAGGAACUCAGCAGGCCAGGCAGCGUCUGUGGGGAAAAAAGCACAGGCAACGUUUCAGGCCAAAACCCUUCAGCAGGACUGAGGGAAAAAAGAGCUGAGGAGUAGAUUUGAAAGGCGAGGGAGAGAGAAACACCGGGUGACAGAUGAACCUUGCAGGGUGAGGUAUGAGGCAAAGAGCUAGGAAGUUGACUGGUGAAAGAGACAGAAGGCCAUGGAAGAAAGGUGGAGUGGAGAUGCUCGGCAAAGUGUUACACCUGCCUCUACACCUCCCUCAGUACCAUUCAGGGCCCCAAACAGUCCUUCCAGGUGAGGCAACACUUCACCUGUGAGUCUGUUGAGGUCACGGACUGUGGCCUUUUGUAUAUCGGUGAGACCUGGCAUAGAUUGUGGGACUGCUUUGCCGAGCACCUACUCCUCGCCCACCAGUACAAGCGGGAUCUCCCAGUGGCCACCCAUUUUAAUUCCAUUUCCCAUUCCCAUUCCGAUAUGUCCACUGUCGCGAGAAGGCCACACUGAGGUUGGGGAACAACACCAUAUAUUCCAUUUGGGUAGCCUCCAACCUGAUGGCAUGAGCAUCGAUUUCUCAAACUUCUGGUAAUGGCUUCCCCCCCCCCCCCACAUCAUUUCCCACCCCCCUUUCCUCUCGUGUUAUCUCCUUGCCCGCCCAUUGCCUCCCUCUGGUGCUCCUCCCCCACCCCACCCCUUUUUUCUUUCUUCCAUGGUCUUCUGUCUCUUUCACCAGUCGACAUCCUCGCUCUUUGCUUCAUCCCUCCUGCUCCAAGUUUCACCUACCGCCUGGUGUUUCUCUCUCCCCUCUCCCCCACCUCAGUUUUUUUUCUCCAGUCCAGCCGAAGGGUUUCGGCCCGAAACGAUGACUGUGCUUUUUUACCACAGACGCUGCCCGGCCUGCUUAGGCCUCUGAGCAUUUGGUUAACGGACCUGGAAACAUUCCUGACAUGACAGUCCAGCUCCUAAUUCAACUCUCGCCAAUGCCGUUUCAAGUGUGUCAGCUGGAAAUAGCCCUGGCCUAGUUAUGCACUACUGGGCCGUGUGUUUUCGUGCACUCGCUCUUCCACCUGACUUGUGAGUAGCUGUGCGCCAUUGCUCCAUCCACAGACACACAACGCAUUCAGCUCAGCCAACAUUCUGGCCCAGCUGGGCACCGCUUCCCCCCUGUCUGCCUGUUGUAGAGUCCUGGAGCAUUUGGAGCCAGUCGGACUGGUUUCAAAUUAGUCUCAUUUGUUUGUUUGCAUUUAAAGUUGGGUAUUAUGAACGAAUUAGUUGUUUACAUAAAACAAGAUAUCUGGUUAACAAUGCAUUCUGAAAUUAUAAUUGGUGAGUCCAAUACACCCACAGGGACCAGUAAUUUUUGAUGGGAGGUGAUGUUUACUUUUGUUAUUUUUGUGUUUGUUACUUUUGGGGGAUAUGCACAGCCUAGGAGAGUUGGGGUGAGUCUUUAGUGGUGUGGCUUACCCAAUGAUUACAAAGCAUGUGAAGCAUGCACACAUAUGUGUUCAAUGUUUUCUCUAAGCAUUAGCUCUGUUACCUGCCCACGGGGAGUAAAGACCCAAAAGAUCCUUCAAGGUGGACACAGAAAAUCCACGUCACUAGUCUUUUGACAGGACUCCUGCUUUUUUGCAAGCUGGUCUCAGCCUGGAGUUGUUGUUAAUUAUUAAGGCUUUCGAUGGCUUUUCAUUAGUCUCAAAGCAAAUGGUGCGACUGAAAGCAAGCCUCAUCCAUUGCCAUCAGCUGUACUGGAUUGGGCGGCAAGGUUGAGGUUAGCUCGGGGGUCGGAGUUCAGAGCUCAUUUCCAACACCGUGUGGAAGGAGUCUCUGUACGUCGUCCGCGUGGAGUGCGAGGGGUUUCCUCGGGUGCUCCGGUUUCAACCCACACUCCAAAGUUGUACUGGGUAGGUUAAUUGUCCUGUGAUUAGAUUAAGGUUAAUGAGAGCUGUCAGAGGUUGCUGAGGUGGCGAGGCUCAAAGGGCAGGAAAGGCCAACUCCGCCCUGUAUCGCUAAAUAAACAAACAGAUUGAUUGAUUGGCAAGAAAUGGAGUUCAGUGGUGGAAUUGCUGUUUGCUUUUUAGUUGAACCUCUACAGGUGAGGAAAAUUCAGAAACCAGAAGAACUGACAGCUUGAUUAAGGUUGUUCCAAAAUGUGUCACAGCCAUUAUUUCUUUGGAACCUUGUCACUAUUGUUAUCCAGGAAGUAUGGCAGCCAGAUUCUCCCCAAAAAGCACUGUGAUAGUGACUACAUAAUCUGCCUCUUUUUAUUGUUGGGCGAGGAAUAACUGCAGAGCUAAAGACUGGAGAGAACUUUCUUUUCCUUCUAAGUAACAUCCUGAAAUCAGUGUGGAGAAAGGUGGCGAUGAUUGAAAUGUUGACUCUAACCCUGUCACAUAUGGGUCAUGGAAUACAAUGAUGAAUAAAGAGACAACACUUCUCGUUGUGCGUUUUCUCCCACUUCAGUUUCCAACUCUUAAUCCACAAGUGUCCGUAGAACAUAAACCGUUAGUUCCCUGAUCAGCAUCAACCAUUUUGAGCAGAGUUGCGAAUCAUGGUUGGACGUCGGCUGGUUAUAAGUUACUGUGGUGCCAGACUAGCAAAUGCUGGGAACGCUUGCUUCCAGGCCAACAGGAAAGAGUAGGCCAGUCAGGCAGUUUUUAAUGAUGGAACUGAAAGGCUUUGAGGUAAGAUGAUUACAAAGUUUUGAUGCAGUUAAUGCAGACCAAGCCACAUUAAACCAGACGGUGUUUUUAUUAUCUUGAUACAAGAGCUUCCCUAAUCCCUCUCAGAGCAUGCGGGAUACCGAGUCAUCCAAAAUGGAGAGGCCUCAAAUUUAACCCUGAUCGGCAGUGAGUAGGCCUGAGAAAAUUAAGGUAGCAGUUGACGCUUUAGUACCUGGGAGAAGUCUGAUUGGUUCUCUCCCAAAAGGGCCUGUGAUCGUUAGAGGGGAAAGAGCUGCAAACUUGAACCUGAACCUGUCAUUGUGCAAGUUCACUCAAGAGCAUUUGGCAGCGAGGCCUGGUAAACGGUGAAGCUGGUAAAUUGUCCAAGGCACCAGGAGCCCAGCUGAAUUUGAUCAGGUAUCUUUGCUGAGCUGGCAUAGAAUUUCACUGAAUGGUGCAUUAAUUCUUGACUGCAAAGGGAGCCUCUGUACGAUUAGAGACUGUGCACAAGGUGCUUGUUUGCACGCCAUUAGAUAUGCAUUCCUUAUAAUUUAAUAUAAGUUAUGUUACUGGGGUUGAAGAUAGGUUUAAUUUAAUACAUUCAUCAUCCAGAAUGCAAUUAUUUCUACAGUUAUCAAGGAUAUAUCCUUUCAGUAUGACCAUAAAAACAUUUAGUUUUAAAGUACUUUAAUAACUAGCAGUUGGCAAAAACAAGCUUUUAAUUGUUUGAGAAAGCUAAUAAAUUGAAUUCUGGUGUCAACUUUAAUUCAGUGCACUCAAAUCUGAAGUCCAUUGUUUGACAGCAGCUUAUGGAGAGUAAACACUAUAUCAAAGAUUACUCAAUCCAGAACCAAUGCAGAUGAAUAGUUCCAUCAACUAACUGGACCAAUACAUUUUUAUUAAGUAUCACUUUUUCAAAAAAAAAGAUUUAUGCUUACAA